GCGACAUGCCUUACCCGUUGCUACCCUUGACAGAGAUUGCCAACUUGUUAUUCAAGCAUAAUAGAUUUUGGCAUUUUUGCCGAGCUAGGUUCGUGAUGCCACUAGAAGCAUGCUGUAGCGUUCCUACCAUCUUGAUGUUUGGUCUUCAGAGUCUGGUAAAUCCAACUAGGGAGCUCACCGGAGCUUUCCAGAGUGUGCUUAUUUGAUAUGCAUAAUCGGUGGUGCCGUUUUAGAUCUCGGCAGUAUUGUUUGGCUAGAGGUUGCUAAUAAAUGGGUCGCCAAUCUCAUCGUUAUAAUUGAAAUUAUGAGGACAAAUGCAAGGUCUCACUACACGCGAAAACAAAACAAGAAUCAUCUGAACACCAAGCAACUAAGAACAUCGUGAGCAUGCGCACAAAAGAUUAAUAAAAGGUAUCUUUUGAAGAUGAAGCUUGAGCCCAUGGCGUGUACUAUGAAGAGCGUGCUGAUACCUAGUUUCCUCAGCCGACACAAGCCACUGGUAACAGAAAGCCACGCAAGAGGAUAUGUAUGCUAUGUAUAUGGUAAGUCUUGCAGCCACGAUUGAAGAAUCUCAUCAUAGUACUAUCUCCGCUAUGUUGUUCGUUGUCUUUUAGAGGACGUGUGUAAAACUUCACGAGACGCUCUGUCUUCCCCGAGAACUGUUCAUUUAAUAUUCCUAAAAAGCUAAAAAAACUCGAGAGCUGGGCAACUAUUAUCCAAUUAUUGUUUCUAUCAGCGGUAAGUAGUGAGCAAUAACCACUUGAUGUGCACCCUCUCAUACACAAUACAAAUAUCAGCAGACAUUAUCAUGACAUUAUGAUGAAUCAUAUGGGAGGGAGUGCUAUGUUAAUUACUUAAAACCUCAUGCUUUAAUCAUGCAUGAAGUGCUAGCAUGGCAUUAUGUGUCAUAGAUUACUGGGCACAACAGACUUCCUUUGUUGCAGAUUUACAGGUAAAUAUAUAACGAAUUGAGUGAUGUGCUGUCUUGUUUCGAAAUGCAACAAAUGGAUUAUGUACUUCUACACUAUCUUGAAUGUGGUUUAUAGAGAAAAUUUUCUUGUCGUAUGCCCAUGCAAUUUCUCAGAAGAGAUAUUCCAUCUUCUAUUGCAUGUAGAGGCCUGGCAUGCUUUCCGAAGGGUGUUGUCAUGUGAAUGUUCUGUAUGUAAAGGGAAAGCGAUGCAGCUGCAAGGAUGAAGAGUGAAAACCAUGCUAUAGGAUCUUUAUAUAAAUGCAUGCAACAUUCAGGGAAGGUAGUAACUGUUAUAUGUUAAUUCAUCUUCUGCACUCGUUUUAUCACUCAGUGCUAUAGCAAUUUUGUCUGCCUAGAACUUUCUCUUCUUUUCUAAUCCUCCAAUCAAAUGGGCCUUUGGGCUAUUUCAUUCCACAUCAGAUUCUCUUAUCAAGAUGUGAUGUUGAUUGAAGGACGGUGAAGACCAAUCCUUGGACCAAUCACUGGAUAGAUCUAUUUCGCUUCUUUUUGCAAAGCUUGAUAACGUGCCACGUGGUCCAGUGAUUUGAGAGAGUCUUGGUUUGUAACUGUUUGAAGGAGAUUGAAAUCGUUUUCUUUCUCUAGCUUUCUUUGGGCUGUGCACAAAGUAGGCAUAUCUUAGACCUAUUCGAAUUCUCUAUCGUUCUCGAUGAUUUUAUCACCACAUUAUGCUUGAACUUUGAGAUACACAAACACUAGUUUUGUUAUACCAUUCCCCUUAUGUCCGUGUAUUAGUUCCUGCAACGUGUCGCUCUAGAAAAUUUCCUCUAUCAGGACAGUUCAUAUAUCCAGACUUGACACAUGUUCAUUUCCUGUAAGAAUGAGCCACCACAUGAAACAUCUUAUGUGAUCAAGUAAUACUCUUUAUGUUCAUUGUCUUGAUUCUUGGACUCCAGUAUGCUCAGACCGAGGCAUGUAUAGAUGAACCCAUGUAAAUGUUCCUCACCGGGAAAAGAGAAUGCUGUUUUGUUUCGCCCUCGAUGAAUGACCAUUGAAUUCCUUCUUUCCAAUUUAGUCUGAUAAUGUCAAGCCUUGAGAAAGUUGUUAGAAUUUAGAACUUGUCAGAAGCUAUCACAUGCAGAUGCUGACCUAUAUCUGAUUAUGUUAUAAGUAUUGUUUUUUUUAACCUUUUUACCUUCUUCUGGAGUUUGUUCUUCAGGUUUGCAGAUGUCAAAUUUGUAUGCUCGAUGAUGUGCGAUGUAGAAAAAAUGGACUGAGGGUAGUAACCCAUCUGCAUAGACCAAAGAAGAAAGGCUUGGGUUUCUACACGCCAAUAUAAAGGAGGAGCAUCACAGUCUGUUGAUGUUCAAGUCAUUCUCCAAAAUGUGAAUAGAUGCUGCACACGCUGCAACAAAACCAUUUGCAUAUGUAAGAUGAUAAGGCUUUGCCAUCAGAACUUCAAAAUAUCUUCACUUCCACUUAUGUUGGUGGAGGAACAGUGAAGCCUCCAGAGCUAUAUAAACAACCUGAUGUUCAACUUUCUACAACCAGAGAGAUCGACCAGUUGGAUAUGCAUUUUGUGCUUGCCUCCCACAGCCCCUGCUUAGCCUCUUUUCCCAUCGUUCAACACUUAUAAAUGGAGUAUGCUAAUUUACGACGCCAAGCAGCAUCCUUGAAAAGGAGCCUCUUUGAUCAGGGGUAUUUGGAUGAGCAAUUUUGCCAGGUUGAGGACUUGCAGGAUGAAGCAAGCCCCAAUUUUGCAGAAGAAGUGGUCUCCUUGUUCUUCAAGGACUCAGCGAGGCUAGUGACAAACAUUGAGCAAGCUAUGGAGAAGUAUCCAAAAGAUUUCAAUAGAUGGGAUGCACACAUGCAGCAGCUUAGAGGCAGCUGUUUUAGCAUCGGCGCUUCUAAGAUGAACAAUGAGUGCACAUCUUUCAGGAACAGCUGUGGAGAAGAAAAUGCUGAAGGCUGCAGGAGAACUUUCCAGAAAGUGAAGAGGGAGCAUGCUAUUCUGAGGCAGAAGCUGGAGUCCUACUUCCAGCUGCUGCGACAAGCUGGUCCUGCCAGGGCCGCGACCAGGCCUGGAAGCAUGUAAGGCGCUGGCGCUUUACAGGGAGGUGAACCAGUAUAUCUCUAUACGGGAUUGUUGCAGAGGAAGAAGACCCAGGAACAGGAGACAUGCCUGGCGUUAGUUCAUUAAUGCCUGAAAGAUACCGUAUAAUGAUCAUAAAAAAGGUAUCAUAGUAAUAUAAUCAUAAGGGCACCAUGUUGGUGUCCUGUUGGAUAAUAGUCUGAUAUAGUCGUAUCAUGUCAUGUCCGCGCUUAUGUACGGUAAAUAAAACCAACCGAGCUUGCAAGUGUCUGUUACGGAGUAUUAAUUAAUUAAUUUAUUGACAAGGAGCCUGUGAAUGAAUGUUUGCACAACAGCCAACUGGAAAGCAAUA